CUCUUUACAAGUAAAAUCAACAUUCCUUGUAAUCCUGUAUACUUAAUGCAUAUAUAGUAGCUUCAUCUCCCUUCAUUUCUCUCUUUCCUUCUCUCCCUUGAGCAAACCAACAGAUAUCAAGAUUGUAUAUUGAUACUGUUCAUUUCUCAUCAAUAUGGGUUUCCAGCCACUAGUCUUCACCUCCGAACAGAAAGUCAUAACCACAGGCGAGUGGUACUCCGAUUUGAGCCAAAAUGCAUCCAAGUAUGCUCGCUGCUUCGUCCGACGAAUCACACACGUUAAGAACCUGAACUCCGCACUGGCUCAUGAGUAUCUGCAAAUCAUCUUGGAAGAUACUGGUUCCAGUUCAGAGGGCCGCACUCGUGUGCUGGCGGAGCGUCAGCAAAAGCAGGACCAGGUCAUUAUCGGUCGAUGGUCAUACGGCACUAGCCCCUUGAGUCCAUCUUCUUCGAGCCAUCUUUCGGGAACCUCGGCUGGAAGCUCGUUCGGAAGUUCUUCUUCGUCUUCGUCAUCGUCUGGUCGCAUUCUUCCUCUCCUUCCUCUCCCUCUGUUGUCGCUGACCUUUGACGACGACAAUCUAAAUGUCGUCAGCUUAGCCAAUUUGCUGAAAGAAGUCACUGAUAGGCUACGUGGCUACGACUUGCGGACCAGGAACUGUUACGUAUUUGCCAAGACGGUAUAUGAAAGCGCACAUUACGGGUAUCACGGCCUAGAGAAAAGAUGGAAAUUUAGCUCCCUACGCGGAAGUCUCGUGCUUCUGAAGCUGAAGAGGGCAUUUGGUACCCCAGACAAAGCAGCGGAUAGCUUCGAGGCACAAAAUACGAAGGACUUCCAAUUUCUCCCCAGCCACGAAUUCGGAGAAGUGCUCGACGACUUCUACACCUCUGCCGGUGAGCUUCUUCACCAAGAUGGUGUCGAGCUGACCGAUCAAGAGAAGGAGGAACUCAUCAAGCUCUGCAAAUUGAAUGAUCUUGCAAAGAAUGCGACUAAGAAUGCUCUUGAAAACGCGGAUAUCAAUGAGUUCGAAGAAUUAAUCCAAGAUGCGGUCGACAAGGUCGGUGCGGAGCCUCACAAAGACUCUUAUCUCGGCGUAUUCCAACGUUAUGCCAGUAGCCUCCCGACUAGUAGUACCCCGGACGAGAUUCCUGUCAUAGCCCCUCCAGGUAUCACGGUUCACAAAGUUCCCGACGAACUUGAACAGAAAGCGGACGAGGCAGUGAAGGUCCUUGUGGGUCAUGUUUUGGAGGGACUUGAAAGAGACAUGCCUGCGGAGUGAGAAGAACAUGAUGCCUCGAAUCUUACCUUGGGAGGAUUUGAUAGGUAUGAUGUUGAGGACCCCAUUUGAGAACUACUUCAUACCCCUGUAGAGCAUAGUGAGAUGCUUUGAAAGAUAGUUUGGAUGGCUUGGAGCUUCAAGCUCGAUCCUAGAGAAUCAAGCAUUCUAUCAACACCCAAGAGCCUACAGUGCAGAUAUGUUGCGCGCUCACUAUAUACCCCUCAUUCUAGUGCCGAUAACUCCUCUAUCAUAGGACUUGGAAACAGCAAAUCAG